AAUGCAAUGACUGGGAGAAGCAACAGUACAAUGAUUACGAAGUUCAUUCUCUUGGGAUUCUCUGAAUUUCCAAAGCUCACCAUUGUCCUCUUUUCAAUAUUCCUAGGGAUUUACCUGGUGACAGUGUCCUGGAAUGUGGGCCUCAUCACUCUUAUCAGGACUGACUCCAAUCUGCACACACCUAUGUACUUUUUCCUCAGUUACCUGUCUUUGUUGGACAUCUGCUAUGUUUCUACUACUGCCCCCAAGAUGCUUUCAGACUUCUUCAAGAAGCACAAAUUCAUCUCCUUUAUGGGGUGCACCAUGCAAUACUUCUUCUUCUCUGGCCUGGGUCUGACUGAAUGCUGUCUCCUGACAGCCAUGGCUUAUGACAGGUAUGCUGCCAUUUGUAAUCCUCUGCUUUACACAGCCAUCAUGUCCCCCACCCUCUGUGUGCAGAUGGUGGCAGCAUCUUGUGUUACUGGUUUCUUUGGCUCAUUUAUCCAACUGUGUGCCUUACUUCAGCUGCAUUUCUGUGGGCCAAACAUUAUCAACCAUUUCUUUUGUGACUUGCCCCAACUGCUAAUCCUAUCCUGCUCUGACACAUUUUUUUUUCAAGUCAUGCUGUCUGUGAUCACAAUAAUCUUUGGGGUCUCAUCUGCCCUUAUUAUUAUGAUAUCCUAUGGUUAUAUCAUUGCCACUAUUCUGAAGAUCACUUCAGCUGAAGGCAGGGCCAAAGCCUUCAGCACCUGUGCUUCUCACCUGACUGCAGUGACCCUCUUCUUUGGCUCAGGUAUCUUUGUUUAUCUGUAUCCUAAUUCUGACGAUUCUCUGAGCCAAAACAAGUUGGCAUCAGUAUUAUACACUGUUGUAAUCCCUAUGCUAAAUCCAUUGAUCUAUAGCCUGAGGAACAAGGAAAUCAAAGAUGCCCUAAACAGAUGGAAGAAGAGAAUCUUCUUCUGGUGUUACUAG